AUGGCGAUGGCCUCCGCAGCUUCGUCGUGCACGGACGGCACGUGGUGGGUGUACGCGCUCCCGGCGCUGCUCGGCUCGGACACCUUGUGCGCCAACCCGGCCCUCCUGGCCGGUCUGCUCUUCCUGACCACCGUCACGGCGGCUCUGCUGGCGUGGGCCGCGUCGCCGGGAGGGCCUGCGUGGGCGCACGGCCGCAGCUGCCUCGGCGCCACUCCUGUCGUGGGUCCCCGCGGUCUCCCCGUGUUCGGCAGCAUCUUCGCGCUGUCCCGCGGGCUGCCGCACCGCGUCCUCGCCGCGAUGGCCCGCGCCGCGGGUCCCCGGGCCAAGGAGCUCAUGGCAUUCUCCGUCGGGGACACGCCCGCGGUCGUGUCGUCCUGCCCGGCCACGGCGCGUGAGCGGUCGGCGCGGGAGCUCAUGUUCGCGCGCGCCAUCGGGUUCGCGCCCAACGGCGACUACUGGCGCCGCCUCCGCCGCGUCGCGUCCACGCACCUCUUCUCCCCGCGCCGCGUCGCCGCGCACGAGCCGGGACGCCAGGGCGACGCGGAGGCCAUGCUCCGCUCCGUCGCCGCCGAGCAGUCCGCCUCUGGCACCGUCGUCCUCCGCCCGCACCUCCAGGCCGCCGCUCUCAACAACAUCAUGGGCAGCGUCUUCGGCACGCGAUACGACGUCACAUCCGGCGCCGGCGCCGCGAUGGCCGAGCAGCUCAAAAGCAUGGUGCGCGAGGGGUUCGAGCUCCUCGGCGCCUUCAACUGGUCCGACCACCUCCCCUGGCUCGCCCACCUGUACGACCCCAGCAACGUCACCCGCCGCUGCGCCGCGCUCGUGCCGCGCGUCCAGACCUUCGUCCGUGGCGUCAUCGACGAGCACCGGCGCCGCCGCCAAAACUCCGCCGCCCUCGACGACAAUGCUGACUUCGUCGACGAGAUGAUCUUCCGCGGUACGGACACGACGGCGCUUCUGACCGAGUGGUGCAUGGCGGAGCUGGUGCGCCACCCGGCGGUGCAGGCGAGGGUGCGCGCCGAGGUGGACGCGGCUGUCGGCGCCGGCGGUUGCCCCACCGACGCCGACGUGGCGCGCAUGCCGUACCUGCAGGCGGUCGUGAAGGAGACGCUGCGCGCCCACCCGCCUGGCCCGCUGCUGAGCUGGGCGCGCCUCGCCACCGUCGACGUGCCCCUCUCCAACGGCAUGGUGGUCCCGGCCGGCACCACGGCGAUGGUGAACAUGUGGGCCAUCACCCACGACGCCGCCGUGUGGGCCGACCCGGACGCGUUCGCGCCGGAGCGGUUCCUGCCCUCCGAGGGCGGCGCCGACGUGGACGUCCGCGGCGUCGACCUCCGCCUGGCCCCGUUCGGCGCCGGGCGCCGCGUCUGCCCCGGCAAGAACCUGGGCCUCACCACCGUGGGCCUCUGGGUCGCCCGCCUCGUGCACGCCUUCGAGUGGGCGCUGCCUGAAGGCGCGCCGCCCGUUUGCCUCGACGAGGUCCUCAAGCUCUCCCUGGAGAUGAAGACGCCGCUCGCCGCCGCGGCCAUCCCCCGCAUCGCCUGA